AAUAAAGCUAAAUACAAUUAAAACAACAAUGUCAAUCCGAGAGAAAUCUCCAUCCCCACCUCUCUCCCUGCAUCCUGAUGAUCAAGAUGAAGAUCCAGCAACAGAAGAAAUGUUCAAGAUGCGUAUGGGUGCUUCACCCCACCACACAAAUCCACGAUCGAGAACACUGGUAGCAUGGAAAGAAACUAUGCCCAUCGAAGAUUACAGAUAUGUUCGACAGCAGAAAAGAAAGCAGAAAAAUGUACCAACAACCAUGUCAGAUUACAAAGAGCAACAUCUAAUUAUUGCUCACCGCCUCGCUGAAAUGGAGAAACGUCGUGUUGGAACUCGAUAUCUUCCCAAAGACCAAGCCGCUCACUCAUCGAAAAAGAAAAGUGCCAAAGACAGCAUGGCUGACUGUGUGAUAAGCUGAACUAUUUUGCGUGUCGAGUUUUUAUUUCUUGGUUGUAUAAUUGAUGGCUUCAUUGUUGAAUAUUAAUAAUUUAUCCUUCACAUUGUUUAAAAUUGUGGUAACUUGCAUAAUGUUUGCGUUUAGGUCAAGGUUUCCGCAAAAUUUAUCUCGUAUUGCUAGAGCUAGACUGAUGAAUUUUUCCAAUAGAUUUAUUGGAUAACGUGCCUUCUAAACAAUAUUUUUCAUUUCAUUUUGUAAAUCCAGGAAAUAGAGUCCUACGAAUGGUGUUUAUUGAUAAAUGUGUAAUAUUAGUAAAACGAAAAGUAAUGGAUAUAAUAUUUUAUCAGUUUCAGCGUCCCGAGGCCCGUAGCAAGUUUUAAUAUUGUCUGUAUUUGUAAUAUAUACUGGGAAACGAUAGAAACGCGUAUCUAUUUCCUUACAUAGUUUGUCUUACUCCCUUACAUAAAUAUAUAUACUGCCUGAAAUCAAUUAUAGAUUGUAAUGGUUCGUUUUCAACGCAAACUAAAUAUAUAUAUAUAUAUUGUGGAGUAUAUAUGUGAACAAUAAUACAUCCCUAUUUUGAUAUCAGUUGGUAAAUUUAUUUUCGUUUCGACCCUUUGUAUUUUUACGAUCACUAUGUUUUGAGUUGUUUCACAAUCGUACAUUUUAAAUUAUGAAAUUAACUGAGUCAAUAAAGUUUACGAAGUAAAUCUUGUAUGUACGUAUAUAAAUACAUAUUUAGUCAUCAUUUUUAGUUUUUAAAAACCAAACAUCGAAGAAUAGUAAACUACAGAAACCUUUCUAAACAUGUUCUUUUGUUUAUGGCCCCAAACCUCUUUAUGAUUGUGUGUUUCAAUUCAGUUGUCAUGAACUCCCAGUAAACAUACCUCGUCAAUUAUUAAGA